AUGACCAGGUUGGACGGCGCUGAGGUUGCGAAUCACAACCACAGAAAGUCGUGCUGGAUCGCUAUCCAUGGCAAGGUCUACGAUGUCACAGAGUUUCUCGACGAACAUCCAGGCGGAGCACAGAUCAUUCUGAAAAGCGCAGGACAAGAUGCGACAGCUGAAUACGAGAGCGUGCACAGCCCAGAUCUGAUAGCAGAGACCCUGCCAUCUACAGCGUUUCGGGGUACGGUGGACACCAGUACCAUCCCGACGUCGAAGCCAAUCGUGGGAGAUAAGCGGCAACAGAGAGGAAAAGCCCGAUUUCCGCCGUUGAGUGCUAUGAUCAGCGUCAAUGACUUCGAAGUUGUUGCAAAGCAAUAUCUCAGUCCAACGGGAUGGGCGUACUACUCUUCCGCGGCGGACGAUGAGUACAGCAAGAACGACGCAGCUCGGGCGUUCCGCAAGCUGAUGUUACGCGCGCGCGUCCUUCGUGAUAUAGGCUCGGUGGACACCAGGACCAGCAUCCUGGGCAAGACCACGGCAUUACCAGUCUAUGUCUCACCAUCGGGCCUGGCCAAGUAUGCACAUCCGGAUGCAGAAUGCGCCUUCGCUCGUGGUGCAGGAAAGGAAGGCAUAAUACAGGUUAUACCCACGAGCCCCAGUAUGUCGAUAGAAAGUAUCAUCGACGCCCGAGUUAGCAAGAACCAGCCUGUCUUCUUUCAGCUGUACCUCCACAAAGAUUCCCAGAAGGCGGAGGCUCUGAUACGCCGAGUUGACAGACUUGGAGUCAGCGCAAUAUGGUUGACCGUGGACUCACCGGUUCUGGGAAACCGUGAGCAAGAUGAUCGACUAAAAGCUAGCAUGAAUGAAGAUGACGGGGUCGCUGUUGUAGAGGAAGUCAAGCCUGGUGUGGCCAAAGUCGCCUCCUCAGGUCUUCUCAACCCGCACUUGACCUGGGAUCACGUUGCCUGGAUUCGGCGAAUAACGAAACUGCCUCUUGUGCUCAAAGGAAUUCAAAGUGUGGAGGAUGCUGUACUGGCAUAUAACCAUGGCGUCGAAGGGAUUGUCCUGUCGAACCAUGGCGGUCGGUCCCAAGAUACGGCGCAAGCACCAAUGGUAACGCUCCUCGAGAUCCGACGGUAUGCGCCACAUCUGAUCAAUAGCCGAAUGGAGAUCUUUGUGGAUGGCGGAUUCCGCAGGGGGACCGAUGUGUUGAAAGCUCUCGCUUUGGGUGCUCGUGCCGUGGGGCUUGGGAGGCCGUUUCUGUAUAGCCUGACAGGUAACUAUGGGGAGGCCGGCUUCAGGCGGAUGGUGCAGAUUCUGCGGAAAGAGCUUGAGACAAAUAUGGCUCUGGCCGGAGCAACCACGAUCUCGGAGAUCGUCCCGGCGAUGGUGAACACGCAGCGCCUGGAGAGAGAGGUCACUGGCGUCGUCAAGCUAUGA